GGAGCACGACGGAGCGUGCAUCACCCGGCGCGUCACUUGUUUUAAGCUCGUCGCGUGCUCUCGUUCAUUCAGCACCAUCUCGUCUUCUUUCGCACCAUCUCGUCUGUGGUCUUCGAGGAAUCGGUGCGCGUAUUGAUCUGCGUUUGUUCUCUCGUUGGGAAUUUUUUCACCAUGGCCAAGGAUCCAGUACGCGUGCUCGUCACCGGUGCCGCAGGGCAAAUUGGAUAUGCCUUGGUGCCCAUGAUUGCCAGGGGAAUUAUGUUGGGGGCCGAUCAGCCCGUAAUUCUUCACAUGUUGGACAUUCCCCCAGCUGCCGAGGCUUUGAAUGGCGUAAAGAUGGAACUCAUUGACGCUGCCUUCCCCCUUCUCAAAGGUAUUGUGGCAACUACUGACGUCGCCGAGGCAUGUAAGGAUGUCAACAUUGCCGUCAUGGUUGGAGGUUUCCCCCGAAAGGAGGGUAUGGAACGUAAGGACGUCAUGUCCAAAAAUGUUUCUAUCUACAAAGCACAGGCUUCAGCUUUGGAAGCAAACGCUGCUAAGGACGUAAAGGUUUUGGUGGUAGCAAACCCUGCCAACACCAACGCCUUGAUUUUGAAGGAGUUCGCCCCUUCGAUUCCAGAAAAGAACAUCAGUUGCCUGACAAGGCUGGACCAUAACAGGGCUCUCGGUCAAAUUGCAGAGCGCCUUGAUAUUCCGGUUUCUUCUGUCAAGAAUGUUAUCAUCUGGGGAAACCACUCGUCUUCGCAGUACCCUGAUGUAUACCACGCCGUCAUCGAUGGUGACAAGCCAGUGCGUGAGGCUGUUGCUGAUGAUGCUUGGCUAGAUGGAGAAUUUAUCAAGACUGUUCAACAAAGAGGAGCAGCAAUUAUCAAAGCUCGCAAGCUUUCAAGCGCACUGUCUGCUGCAAGUUCCGCUUGUGACCACAUUCGUGAUUGGGUGCUUGGUACUCCUGAGGGUACCUGGGUGUCCAUGGGAGUGUACUCCGACGGAUCAUACAAUGUUCCAGCUGGUCUUAUUUACUCUUUCCCUGUCACCUGCUCGAAGGGAGUAUGGUCCAUAGUUCAAGAUCUGCCAAUCAAUGAGUUUUCAAGGAAGAAGCUUGAUGCCACCGCAGAGGAGCUGGUGGAGGAGAAGCAGUUGGCUUACACUUGCAUCAACGAGUAGUCGGUUAAUAUUCCUGUAAAAAAGAGUUCAGGCUUUACGUUUUGUCCCCCUUUGGGGGCUCAACAAGUUUAUGUUGCAACCUCAACAUGAACAUAUUUUUUGUAUCUAAUAAUUUAUCAUACAAAAUUACAUCUUGCUUUGCAAGCUCGGAUUAUUCAUCAUAUCUCCCAAGGUGCAUAGGUGCAUCUCGUUAUCUACUACGGGUUAUUAUUCU